UCAGACCAAAGAAAACUUUCCAAUUGUUUUCAAAAGUUCCUUUGAUUAAGCAAAAUGCACAUGAGAAAAUAUUUCUAGUGGUUUGGUAUAUAUUAUUGUAUCAGACUGCUGGACCCUUAUAUAAUUAGACUUAAUACGAAUCGUGAAUGUCUAUCCACUAAUGUGUUUAUGACACUUAAUAAGGAUUAGAAGCCAAUCGCUGGGUCAGCUUUGAGGCAUGAACAUGUAUGCAGUAUAGCCAUGUUGCAUUCUCUCUACAUGUUUGUAAUAACGUCUCCAUGUACGCCUCUCACAUUUAACUCUUUCUUUGGAUGGAGCCACAUGGCUGACUUUCCAAAGCACAGCAAAUCCACAUAAUGGCCUGCUACAUUUUAAGCCAUUAGUGCAUAUAGAAGCAGUCAUUUGCUGUUAGUUUCCCUCCUUUCCUCUCCUGUCCUCCAUGAUUUCACAAGUUCCAGUGCCCAGACCAUCAUAUUCUCAGGCCAGGGAGAGUCUGGUGAAGGCUGUUCCUCCUAAGAUCAUCUGUCUUCUGGCCUGUGGGGGGAGAGACUGCCGCUAUGAGGGUCCGGCGUGCUGGAGCACGAGCCAGCAGGCCGUUGAAGGAGUCUUUAGCAGCUGGGUGACGGAUGACAUUAUUGCAAUGGCACGACCUUCUACAUACCUCAUCAAGAGAUACAGCAUCAUAGAACAGUUCAAACAGUUGAACAUUAAAUCCAUCAUUAAUAUGCAGCUCCCAGGGGAACAUGCUCACUGCGGCCCUCCUCUGGAGCCUGACAGUGGGUUCACAUAUUCACCUCAGGUCUUUAUGGACAGCCAAAUUUUUUUCUAUAAUUUUGGGAUGUCUGAUUUUGGAGUGUCUUCUUUGGAGGGGAUGGUGGAUGCCGUGAAGGUUUUGGCUUUCUCUGUGCAGGAAGGGAAGGUGGCAGUUCACUGCCAUGCUGGAUUAGGCAGGACAGGUGUUCUUAUCGCAUGUUAUCUAGUCUACACCUGUCGAAUCAGCGCUAGUGAAGCUGUCCACUACGUCCGGAUCAAAAGGCCUCGUUCAAUCCAGACUCGAUCACAGAUCAAUCUGGUGUUUGAUUUCGCCCGGGUGGUGAGCUCUCAGCUGGCCCAAUUCCCGUGUCUGAACGUGCGCCACGGUUCUUCCUUCAGUCUUCGGCAGUACCUCCUGCGUCAGGCUCUUCUGCUGCACGGGGAAGAGGCUCGAACACUCAAACACACACCCAAGAUCCUGCACGUCCUCUGCAGCAUGCUGAUCACUUUAACCCAGGGAGCUUCCAGUCCUCCAGAGGUCCAGAGAGAACUGGAGAAGAGGGUGAACAUUCUGGCUCUAAAGAAGGCAGUGAAGGAGACACUUUUGAAGAGGAACCUUCCUGCUCUGAAGGAAAGGCGAGGCUCAAGCAGAAUGUUCUCCUGCAAGUCCUGGGACGAGCCAUUCGGGUUCUUGGAGAGGAAGAGAGACGUCCUACUAAACAAGCGAAGCUACAGCGAAUCAGAUCUCAGCAAGAUUACCAUCAUUAAGGAUUUCAUGUUCUCACAUUACUCUCCUCAAUCUGGUGGACACCAUAAAAUGAGCAAUGGAGAAAUCGGCCCAUCAAAAGAUCAGAGAAUCCUAACAGAAUCCCAAAAGAUUCCUUAUAUCUGGAUGACAGACCAAAGCAAUGGAACAUCAGCUCCUCACUCAUAUAAUGAGACUGUGAACAAGAAGACAAAAUGUACAACCAAGAAACCUCAAGUUUUCCUAAAGUUCAGUUCAAACCUCGAGUUAGGACGAGAGGAUCAUACAUUAGAUCAGUCGUCAUUAUCGAGACCUGUCGCUAAAGCAAUGGCACAACAGCGUCCUCCAGUGGACACUGUAUUGAAAAGAGCAGCGGGCUUGCAGGAUGAGCUCAACUUGAGUGAAUGUGGCUGGGUUACAUUAGUCAUGGAAACAGAUCCAGACGUUCUGAGCACACUGUUAUGGACCUGGCUGGACAGACUAAAGGAGCCUGUUCUCAAUAAAGAUGACAUAGAGAGGCUGACCUCAACCUGGCCUGCACAAAACUCCCUUAUCACACUUCACAAGUCUCAGCGGCACACCAUCUGCUGUUUGCUGGAUUGUGUGGGUCAUGUGGUGGUUCAAUGUCCUCAGUUUGAACAUGCUAUACUACAGAGACUCAUUCGAGCAUUAACAAGACGCCCUCCUGAGGAAAUAGAGAGAAACAGCAUCUUGUUGCUCGUCCUCAGAGCUUCAAUGAGAGAGCUGUGCCUACACAACCACCAUCCAAAUACUGCAACACCAUCAGGGUUAAACUAAAAAAAGAUAUCCAUAAAGAAAUAUUGUUUCAUUAACUGUAUGACUGAUCAAGUUAAUUGAUAUGUAUCUCAAUGUGUACAGUUGUCCCCAAAAGCAUUUAAACACUUAUCACA